AUGGCUCUCAACGACGUCUGCUUCCGAUGGUUCUGGAUAGGAGGUUUCUUCAAGUUGUGCGGCGACUUGUCGCAAAUGGUCUCUCCAGUCCUCAUCAGAUUUCUCAUCGCCACAUUGAAGGACCCAUCACAGUCGGCUUUGCGUUCGGGUUUUGGCUAUGCGGUUGGGCUAUUUGUUCUGCUCGUCUUCUCCGUCACGUCCAACGUUCAUGGUUUCUACCGCUCAUACACGACGGGCAUCUUGUUGCGAGGCGCCCUCAUGCAUGCCAUUUAUCGCAGGGCGACGACGCAGCUCACUGAAAGGGCCAAACUCAAACACGGCCUCGGCACGGGCAAGUUGAUGAGCUUGAUGAGUGCCGACGUGACGCGCGUGGACUUUUGCUGCGGCUUCUUUCACUCCGCGUGGACCAGUGUCCUUCAGAUCCUUCUCUGCUUUGCCUUGACAGUGUGGUCGCUGGGCUACAGUGCAUUGCCUGGAUUUGGCCUGCUGGCGCUGCUUUAUCCGCUGCAGACAUACAUGAUGGGGAUGCUAUUACGUCUGCGACGAGGCAGCAUGCCCUUUACUGAUGCGCGCGUCAAGGCCGUCGUUGAGGCCGUAUCGACCAUUCGUCUAGUCAAGACCAACGCCUAUGAGAAGAGCCUGCUCGCAAAGGUCGGAAAGCUGAGGUCCGACGAAGUCGUCUACAUCCGCAAGAGAAUGCUUCUCCGGGCUCUCAACAUCGCCGUCUCAUACACUGCCCCCACACUCGCCUCUGUCGUUAGCAUAGUGUGUUAUGGAGCGACGAACAAGAAUGGCAUGGAGCCAAGUGUGGUCUUUUCUGCGCUCGCCUUCUUCUUAUUGUUGAGGACGCCGCUGCAAGCUUUACCUGUUGCACUUUCGGCUAUAGCAGAUGCCCGCGCGGCACUCGAGCGCUUGGCUGCCUUUAUGCUCGCGUCUGACGUAGUCCCGACAAAUGAGUCUGGACUGCACUCGGGCCGUGGUGAGGGAUUAUCGGCUGAUGUGGUGAUUCAAGUUGAGGAUGCCACGUUUGCGUAUCACGAUGACGAGGAACUCCUGGCAGACGACGCGAAUGAGAAAGCUUCGCCAGUCAAUGAGAGCAAGAGCCAAAGCCAAAGACUACGCCUUGAUUCACUUGUGGUCAAGAGGAAUCAGCUUGUCUGUAUCGUUGGCCCUGUUGCAUCAGGCAAAUCCUCGGUUCUCAGGGCGCUCCUAGGAGACAUGCAACUUCUCCAGUCUCGUUCGUGCCAGCUCAACCUCGAGGCCUCGUUGCCAUCUUCCCAGCUUUCCUACGCCCCGCAGACAGCCUGGCUGCUCAGUGAGACGGUGCGAGAGAACAUCGUCUUUGGCAGGCCACUGGAUCUAACUUGGUAUAACGAAGUUCUAAGUCGGUGCUGUUUGCAUCAGGACCUAGAGAGGCUGCCCGACGGCGACAUGACGGUCGUUGGCGAGAUGGGUGUCUCUUUAUCAGGAGGCCAAAAGCAGCGUGUGAGUCUCGCUAGGGCCAUCUACGGGAGAAGCCCGCUACUCUUUCUUGACGACUGUUUCUCAGCUCUGGAUGCGCAUGUUGGAUCCCGGGUCUUUGACAUGGUGAUCAACCAAGCGCGGAGAAACAACGAGGGCACCAUAGUUCUGGUGACGCAUUCCAUGGUGUUUGCUCGACAGGCGGAUCAUAUUGUCUACCUGGAAGGAGGUCGCAUUGUGGAACAGGGCUCGUAUGAGCUUUUAUCCAGCCAUGAUGGCCCCUUUUCUCGCUUUGCGGGAGCCCCUGACUCAGACUCUGAGUCGACUCACUCUGGCAGUGACUCCGAGCAACCGGAAGAUACAGAAAUCAAGGCCGAGGAGCAAGACACUGUCGCUGAAAAGCCAAAAGAACAGCUCAAGGCCCGAGGCAACGAGAUCAUGCAGAGCGAGGAGAGACUCGUCGGUUCAGUCAGCGGUAGGACCUACAUCCGCUACGUGCAGUUCGGCAACGCCUGGCUCACGGUUCCCUUCUUCAUCACGUCCAUCUUCAUCUACCAAGGCUCAAGCAUCGUCUCUCCGCUGUGGCUGAGCUGGUGGCAAGAUACCAAGUACGAAUCCAUCUCUGAGGACGCAUACAUGGGAGGCUACGCUGCGUUCGGUAUUGGACAGUCUCUGGGUCUAUUCUGCAUGAACGCUACAUUUGCCCUCUUCUGCUUCUGGUGCUCCAACAAUCUUCACCGCGCGGCCAUGUCGAGUAUACUCCUCGCGCCCGUGGCUUUCUUCGAUACGACGCCUCAGGGACGUAUCACUCAUCGGUUCAGCAAGGACGUCGACGCUGUGGAUAACGUCGUGGGUGAGACGCUGCGACUCUUCAUCUCAACGUCGGUACAGGCAAUUGGCACCAUCAUUGUCGUGACCAUUAUCCUACCGCCCUUCAUCGCAAUAGCCGCCGCGCUGCUGCUCGCCUACACCUGGACGGGCAUGUACUUCCGCCCUUCGUCGCGCGAACUGCGUCGUCUCAACAAUCUGCUCCGCAGCCGAAUCUACGAGCACUUUGGAGAGUCCCUUUCCGGCCUGCCCACCCUCAAGGCUUUCGGCGCCGUGCCUCGCUUCGUCGCGGACAAUUCACGCAAGAUUGACACCGAGAACACGGCCUACUGGCUCUCAAUAGCGUGUCAGCGCUGGCUCAACCUCCGUCUGGACCUCUGCGGUGCGACACUCGUGCUGGUUGCCGGUCUACUCGUUGUGGGGCUUCGAGACACGAUUCCUCCGUCAUCGGGAGGUGUGGUGUUGUCAUACGUUGUCACAGCGCAAGCCGUCUUUGGCAACAUGAUUCGCCAGAGCGCCGAGAUUGAGAAUAACAUGAACUCGGUCGAGAGGAUGCUUCAUUAUGUGUUUGACAUCCAGCAAGAGCCUACCCACGAGGUCAAAGAUGUGGACGAUGGCCUGAAGAAUGGUGAAUGGCCGCGUGAUGGACAUGUCCAAUUCCAGUCUCUGACACUCAGUCAUCGUCCCGGUUUAGAACCUGCACUGAGAGAUGUUACUCUGGAUAUAAAGCCGGGUGAGAAGGUUGGCAUCGUUGGCCGUACUGGAGCAGGAAAGACGACCUUAAUAACUGCUCUGCUGAGGAUCACUGAGCCUACAAGUGGCAGAAUCCUUAUCGACGGAGUGGACAUUCACACGGUCGGCCUGCAUCUUCUCCGAUCAAACUUGUCAGUCAUUAGCCAAGACGCUAUCCUCCUGGCCGGAACAAUCCGGUACAACCUGGAUCCAUUCCAGCAGUACGACGAUGAGUGGCUACGCCAAUGCUUGAGGAGAGUUGGACUCGACCAACCAGACUCUAGUUCAAUCGUGGAACAGGGAAGUGAUUGUGAGAAGAACCAUGGAUCCGAGCUCAGCGCUGGCAGUCCGAGUUUGACUCUAGACUCGGAGGUCAAGGAGAAUGGUGCCAACAUCUCUCAUGGCCAACGGUCCCUGAUCUCAAUUGCCCGAGCACUUGUGCGUCGAUCCAAGAUUGUCAUUCUUGACGAAGCCACUGCGUCUAUCGACGGCAGAACUGACAUGGAGCUUCAAGUGAUGCUGAAUGAGGUUAUGGGUGAUGCUACAGUUCUGACCGUGGCUCAUCGACUCGACACCAUUAUUUCCACGUGUGAUAGAGUAGUUGUGAUGGACAGUGGCAGGGUCGCUGAGUUUGAUACCAUCCCGGCGCUCUAUUCCAGGCCAGACAGUCUAUUUAGGGUGCUCUGCGAUGCCGCCAAGAUCACUGUUCGAGGGGUGUAG